AUGCGUGAAGAAGAAAUCAAGAAAAUGGAAGAAGACGCAGUUAAAUAUGCUGAUGAAGAUAAAAAAUUGCGUGAGUUGGUAGAUGCUCGCAAUGCGGCUGAUGGCAUGGUCCACUCAGUGAAAAAAUCAUUAAGUGAGCAUGGUGAUAAGCUAGAUGCAGCUGAAAAAGAGUCGAUUGAAGCUGCAAUUAAGGACGUUGAAGAAGCAUUAAAAUCUGACGACAAAGCCGCCAUUGAAGCUAAAACAGAAGCAUUAACUACUGCAUCACAAAAAUUGGGUGAAAAAGUGUAUGCCGCUCAACAAGCAGAAGCCAACGCUCAAACCGCUCAACCGAGUGCUGAGGCUAAAAAAGAUUACUACGAAGUGCUAGGAGUGAACAAAGAUGCUUCUGAAGAAGACAUCAAAAAAGCUUAUCGCAAAUUGGCGAUGAAGUAUCACCCUGACCGCAACCCAGAUAACCCAAAAGCAGAGGAGCAGUUUAAAGAGGCGAAAGAAGCCUACGAAAUGCUUUCUGACGACCAAAAACGCGCCGCUUAUGACCAAUACGGCCACGCAGGCGUUGACCCAAACAUGGGCGCUGGGGCUGGCGGUUUUGGAGCAGGCGGUUUUUCCGAUGCUUUUGGUGAUAUUUUUGGUGACAUUUUUGGCGGCGGACGUGGCCAAGGUGGGCAACGCAGUAAUGUGUAUCGCGGCGCUGAUUUACGUUACAACAUGGAAAUCAGUUUGGAAGAUGCGGCAAAAGGCACAGAAACCAAAAUUCGCAUCCCCGUACAAGCUAAAUGCGACACUUGUGAUGGCACUGGUGCUAAAAAAGGCAAGUCACUG